AUGAGUUCAGCGUCAAGUAUAUGUGGCAAUUGUGGUGAUGCAGGUUAUGAUGCAUCACAGUGUUACAAGGGUUUUUCUCGACAAACGCACGCACGAUCAACCAUAUGUGAUAAUUGUGGUGAUGUAGGUCAUGAUGCAUCACAGUGUUACAAGGGUUUUUCUCGACAAACGCACGCACAAUCAAGUACAUGUGCCAUUUGUGGUGAUUCAGAUCAUGAUGCAGAUCAUUGUGUCAAGGGUUUUGCUUGA